UUGGCUCGACGCGAAACGCCUCCGUCGCUCUCUCUGCCCGCUUCUCCUACCAUUUAGCUUCGCUUUGGGCCGCCGUCCCACGGCUCGUACGGACCACAAACUCCGCCCACCGCCACGUCAGCGCUCCAUUUCCCACCGCUUCCGCCCCUUCGGCUCGUCGUUUACCUCUCUUGCCUUCCGCUGUGCCUUGCCCGCACUCGUUUAUGUUCUUGCGGCGGCGGAGGUCAACGGGCACAGAGCAGCGGGCGAUCGGGGAAGAGGAGAAAGGGGAUGGGGAGGAACGGGAGCGUGAGGCGGAGCUACUCGGCGUCGUCGGACGACUACGGGCUGCUGGAGGAAGUCGGGUACGGGGCCAGCGCGACGGUCUUCCGGGCGAUCUACCUCCCCACCAAGGAGAUCGUCGCCGUGAAGCGCCUGGAUCUCGAUCGCUGCAACAGUAACUUCGAUGAUAUACGACGGGAAGCCCAAACAAUGAGCUUGAUAGACCACCCAAAUUUAAUUAGGGCUUACUGCUCAUUCGUUGUUGAACGAUUCCUCUGGGUAGUCAUGCCAUUUAUGGAUGAAGGCUCAUGCUUGCACCUGAUGAAGAUUGCAUAUCCAGAUGGAUUUGAAGAACCCAUUAUACGUUCAAUUCUUAAAGAAACACUAAAAGCCUUAGAGUACCUUCACAGGCAUGGUCAUAUACAUCGUGACGUCAAGGCUGGGAAUAUCCUCCUUGAUAAUUCUGGCGUGGUGAAGCUUGGAGACUUUGGUGUUUCAGCGUGCAUGUUUGAUAAAGGUGAUAGACAACGCGCAAGGAAUACUUUUGUAGGAACCCCCUGCUGGAUGGCUCCAGAGGUGUUGCAACCAGGAAGUGGAUAUGAUUUUAAAGCUGACAUCUGGUCAUUUGGAAUAACUGCACUAGAAUUGGCACAUGGCCAUGCUCCAUUUUCCAAAUAUCCUCCAAUGAAGGUUCUUCUGAUGACUCUCCAAAGUGCACCCCCUGGACUUGAUUAUGAUCGUGAUAAGAAGUUCUCAAAGUCCUUCAAAGAAAUGAUUGCGAUGUGCUUGGUUAAAGAUCAAACAAAAAGGCCAACAGCAGAGAAGUUGUUGAAACAUUCUUUUUUCAAGCAUGCAAAACCUCGUGAUCUAUCACUGAAAAGCAUUUUAAUUGGCUUGCCACCACUUUGGGAACGUGUGAUGGAACUUCAGGUUAAGGAUGCUGCACAACUAGCUCUUAAGAAAAUGCCGUCAUCUGAACAAGAAGCCAUAUCGCAGAGUGAGUAUCAAAGAGGUGUUAGUGCAUGGAAUUUUGACAUCAAUGAUCUGAAGGCUCAGGCAUCACUGAUUCAAGAUGAUGAUGACCUUUCUGAAAUGAAGGAAGAUGAAGAAUUGAGAGAUGUUGUCGGCAAGGAUCCAUAUACUUCGAGAUCUAAUGGUGAGAAGUCAACAUCUAAUGACAAAACUAACUCUAUGGAAAGUACCUAUAGUGCAAAUUUCUCAGGAGCAAAGUGUUUAAAUACAAGAGACGAGAUUUUGCCAAUAGAUUUAGUGGAUUCCCAUAGUCAAGAAAGGAUUGAGGGGUGUGAUAGCUGCAGAAUGAAAAAUGACUUAACACCAUCGACAUCAAAACAUGAUAUACAGCCUAACCAAUGGAAAGUUGAUGUUGGAAAGAAAGGACAAACUCAUAGUGGUCCACUUGUAUCUUCUGGCAUGUCUACAACCUUGUUGCCAGAAAGAGGGCACACCUCAGAAAGGAUUGAAAAUGACAAUCAGAAAGGAACUGCUAGAUAUAAACAUGAUGCACGCAAAGUCACAAAUUUCAGUGGUCCACUAAUGCUGCCAAACCGUGCUUUGGCUAACAACUUAUCAACUCCUGUGCGGUCUUCAGCAGGUUGUGGAGACUUGCUGGAGGACAAGACCAAACCUAAUGUGGUUCAGAUAAAAGGGCGUUUUUCAGUUACAUCAGAAAAUGUGGAUCUCGUAAAAGACUUGCCACUAUGUAACAUUUCAAGAAGGUCAUCCCAGGGAUAUCCCAUGAAAAAAUCAGCCAGUGUUGGUGAUUGGUUAGUUCAAGCUAAAACAAUGCCACCUGGUCAACAUCCAAAGGAAGUUGGAAACAAUAAUUCCAAGGAAGUUGGCAACAGUAGUCCAAAGGAAGGUGGCAACAGUACCAUACCUGCAUCCAUUCUGAUGUCUCACCUUCAGAAUCUUUUCCAGCAGACAUCUUUUCAACAAGAACUCAUUACAAAUCUCUUGAACAGUUUGCAACAAAAAGAAAUUAUUGAUGCAUUUCAAAAUGGAGUGCCUUCCCAAGUCCAAAAAUCAAGGAACAGGAAGUUGUUGGAUACUGAAAAUGCUGAAAGAGAGCGGCUAUUGCUUACUAAAAUCUCAGAGCUACAAGCCAGGAUGAGUACUCUAACCGACGAGCUUACUGCAGCAAAGUUGAAGCAUAUUCAGUUACAACAAGAGUUAAGUGCAUUGUAUUCUCAACAAGAAGAAGAAGAAGCUAUGAGGAAUCAAGAAAUAGAGGAAACCUGAUACAUUUCUAAGAGAUUAUUAUUUUUCCAUGCCAGUUAUAAAGUUAUUCCUGGGUGACAUCGUCCUUGAUACUUUGUUUGGUCUCCUGAUCUCUCUUAAGAAGAAUUAAGAGAAAGAAUCAAUGAAGAAAGCAAUUUCUUGGCCAUUUCUCAAGACAGGCAAUCAGUCACUAAUGUGGUCCAGAUAUACUUUUUUUUUUUUUGGUUCCACACGAGGCCACCCGAUCCACUUGUAAAUGAUCGAGGUCAUGAAUGUACCGUGUCAGCUGUUAUCUUCCAGUGAUCUCAUUUUUGUGUAUUCCAUUUGUUUGUAUUUGGUAAUUAUCACUUUGUGGAGAAUCCACUGCGAGCCUGCUUCUUUAUUAUUAUUCUUACCAUGAUGCAAGGCUCUCUCCCAUUUUCUUUCCAGGCUCUUCUUUGCUGCUUUGGCUGUAUGUACAUUAUCUGAAGUUGAACAUUUAAAGAUCAACAAGCAGAUGACUGCUUACACAGUCC